AUGUUAAGACUGCCCAAAAAAGGCUUACCUAGAUUUGAUCAAAUUCAAGAUGAAGAAACCUACCUGGAAAACUUGGUGGUACAGAGAAACGCUUCUGCUUUUUUUGAGAAGUACGACCGGAGUGAAGUGCAGGAGCUGCUAACCACGGCCCUGGUCAGCUGGCUGAACGCCAAAGACGACGUCCGCUCUCAGCUCGACCUCCCGUGUGGAAUUAUGACCCAAAUGAAUAACGUGGGUUUCUCCACUGCCAUCCUGCUGACUCCUGUGGACCCGACUGCCCUCUUAGACUAUAGGGAAGUCCAUCAAAUCAUAAGGGAGUUGGCUGUUGGAAUUUAUUGCUUAAAUCAAAUUCCCUCAAUCAGUUUAGAAGCUAAUUACGAUCAGAGUUCCUCUUGUCAAUUACCACCCGCUUAUUAUGAUACCAGAAUUGGGCAAAUUCUGAUCAAUAUUGACUACAUGCUGAAAGCAUUGUGGCACGGGAUAUACAUGCCCAAAGAAAAACGAGCCAGAUUCUCUGAACUGUGGCGUACUAUCAUGGACAUUGAUCCAGACGGGAAGCCUCAAACCCAAAAAGAUAUUUUUGCAGAGUUUAGUUCUGCAGGCCUGACUGACGUCUCGAAGGACCCAGACUUCGAUGGGAUCUAUGACGAAGACAUGAAUGAGGAUCCCACGUACGAUCCCAAUAGCCCUGAAGAAAAAGCUGUUUUUAUGAAAUAUGCUGAAAGCAUUAUGCUGAAAUUAACGUUCAGUACCACACAAGUUCAGCAGUAUGAGAAUGUUUUUAUAUUUGAAGCAGCCUAUUGGCUUACAAAUGCUAUAAAAUGUACUCAGGACUAUCUUGAUAUUUGUACCUACCAGAGGCUACAGCAAAGAUUGUAUCUCCAGAAAAAGAUUAUUCAAAAACACUUUGAGAAGAAAAAAGAAAUCAGAAGAGGGGUAGGAUACCUAAAGUUAAUAUGUUUUCUGACUCCAUUUUUAUUGAGUUUAAAAAAGAAGAUGAAAGUUCCAUAUUUAAGUAGUCUGCUUCCGCCUUUUUCAGAUGACAAGGUCAAGACAGAGCGAGAAUUGCCUCCGUUUAUUUAUGGACGCGAUUUUAAAUGUCAGCAUUUUCACUACAAAGAGGAUCAAUAUUUUCAUGUUCAUGGAGGAGUUGAAUUUGAUAUCAGCACACCUUCAAUUGAGAAUGCUUUGGAAGAUUUUAAGAACAAUUUAGAAAAAAUACGGGCUUGCGCUGCCAAUGCAUUUGUGGAAGAUUCGGGAUACAAGGAACAUUACUCAAUACCAGUCAUGGAACUUAAUGGAAAAAGCUACUAUGUGAUCUGUUUUGAACUUGAAGCUUUCUAUCAUCAACUAUACAAGACAAAAUGGUGGGGAGCCAUAAAUGAAGUCGUGAACAGUCUGAAACCAAAAAGGCUUCCACUAACAGAUGCUCAAUUACAUGAACAAUUUAAGAAAAAAUUUGGUUUCAAAAAAGCUAUGAAAUGCAAGAGCAUCCCAUUUGGGAUGAAGUCUGCUGUUGAAAGAGGAUUGUCUGCUGUUUUCCAUACAUUUAGCCGUAAAACCUCAAGCUUGACCAUCAACGUUUCAGACGAAUCAGGUUAUGCCAUUUUCCAUCACGCUGCCCUGCACAACAGAGUGGCUAUCAUAUGUCAGCUGCACAAUGCGAACUUCAACGUCAACCAGAGACGCUUUAUUAUGUUUAGCCAAGGUCCAACACCUCUACACCUGGCAGCGCAGGCUUGCUCAUUGGAGACAACCAUCUGUCUCCUCUGUUUCAAAGCUGAUUACACGCUUUCUGAGAAAAGAGGCUGGAUGCCCAUUCACUUUGCUGCUUUCUAUGACAAUAUUGGCGUUCUCACUGCCCUUUAUAGGAAGGAUCCUAGUUUGCUGGAGGCAGAGGCAACAGCUGAGAAUCAGUGUACUCCCCUGCUACUCGCUGCCACCUCGGGAGCACUGGACACUAUUCAGUACCUAUUUUCUCUUGGUGCUAACUGGAGAAAAACAGACAUCAAAGGAAAUAAUAUAAUUCAUUUAUCAGUGCUAACUUUUCACACAGAGGUUCUCAAACAUAUAAUAGAGUUAAAUAUUCCUGAACUCCCAGUUUGGAAAACUCUGGUAGAAAUGUUGCAUUGUGAAAGCUAUAAACGACGGAUGAUGGCUGUGAUGUCUUUGGAAGUAAUUUGCUUAGCAAAUGAUGGAUACUGGAAAUACAUUUUGGAUGCAGGUACCAUUCCUGCCUUAAUCAAUCUAUUGAAAGGCUCCAAAAUAAAAUUACAGUGCAAGACAGUCGGGUUGUUGAGUAAUAUCUCGACCCACGCCAGCGUCGUGCGAGCUGUGGUGGAGGCGGGGGGCGUCCCGGCCCUGAUCCACCUGCUGGCGUCGGACGAGCCCGAGCUGCACUCCCGCUGCGCGGUCAUCCUGUACGACGCCGCUCAACUCGAGAACAAGGACGUUAUUGCCAGAUGCAAUGGAAUCCCAGCUCUAAUAAGUCUUUUGAGGUUAGACAUAGAAAAUGUGCUAAUAAAUGUAAUGAACUGUAUACGGGUGUUAUGUAUGGGAAAUGAACAAAACCAAAGAGCAGUGAGAGACCAUAAAGGCAUCCGAUAUCUUAUCACAUUUCUGAGUUCUGAUUCAGAUGUGCUGAAGGCUGUAUCUUCUGCCACAAUCGCUGAGGUUGCCCGUGACAACAGGGAUGUUCAGGACGCUAUUGCUCUGGAGGGAGCCAUUCCUCCUCUGGUGGCUCUUUUUAAAGGGAAACAACUUAGUGUCCAAGUGAAGGGAGCAAUGGCUGUGGAAUCACUGGCUAGUUAUAACCCGUAUAUACAGAGAGCAUUUCUGGAAAAAUCAUUAAGUAAAUAUCUUUUAAAACUCCUCAAGGCGUUUCAAACAGAUGUUAAGGAACAAGGAGCUGUAACCCUCUGGGCCUUGGCGGGACAAACCCUGAAACAGCAGAAGUACAUGGCAGAGCAGAUCGGAUACAACUUUAUAAUAAACAUGCUUUUGUCGCCCUCCGCUAAAAUGCAGUACGUUGGAGGUGAGGCAGUCAUAGCCCUAAGUAAGGACAGCAGGAUGCAUCAGAACCAGAUCUGCGAGGGCAAUGGCAUCGCUCCGUUGGUUCGCUUACUGAGGAUUAGUAAAAUCGCGGAAGGCACACUUCUGAGUGUCAUCAGAGCCGUGGGGUCCAUUUGUAUCGGUGUCGCCCAUACAAGUAAUCCUAUCAGUCAACAAUUUGUUGUAGAGGAAAAUGCCUUUCCAGUACUUAUUCAACUACUGAGAAAUCACCCUUCUCCUAACAUCAAGGUUGAAGUGGCAUUUACCUUGGCAUGCAUUGUCCUAAGGAAUGAUCUGUUACAGAACGAAUUACAAGAAAACGAAGGAUUUAGGUAUGCCGAUGUCCUUCAACUUCUUCACUCACCAGAUAAGGAUAUCUGUUUAAGGGCGGGCUAUGCAUUAUCCCUUUUUGCCUUCAACAAUCGCCUUCAACAAUACUUAAUUUUGGAAAGUGGAAUAAUGACCAUAUCAAUCUUUGAACCCUUUCUUGAAUCAACAGUUGAAACUGAGAAGGCAAUGGCAGCAUUUCAGAUUAUUAUCUUAGCUAAAGUCAUUAUAGAUGUGGACCAUAUUACUUUGUCUGCAAGAGGUGUUACUAUUUUAGUUGAUAGUCUGUAUUCAGUUCAUUCCACUACUAUUAUCUUGACAGGGAAUUUAAUAGCUAGCCUGGCUCAUUCUAGAGCUGCUAUUCUAGAAGCAUUUACCACAUUAGGGACAAUCCAACAGCUCUGCUAUCAUUUGUAUUCUGGAAAAGAAGAGGUGCGCACAGCGUGCUCCUGCGCGCUCGGCUACUUAACUUACAACGCGAACGCUUCCCGCAUCCUGCUAAAGGAGUGCAGAGCGAAGCCUAACCAGUUCCUCCGCAUAACAAAUAAUAUCAACAGAGAUGCAAGUAUCAACCCAGCUUUUUUAAAGGAAUUUCAAAUGCAGCAACGAGUGGGACUUCCUUCCUUAAGUCUAGAGAAAAAUGGAGGACCAUCCAUAAUUCCUGUCUUUAAAAAAGGGAAAGAGCAUCGAAGAAAAUUAAAACCUAAAAUUCAACCAAGAGAUUCUUUGACUUUAAUACCUCCUGUAACCAACUUCAUGGGACUCUUCAGAGCAACAAAAAAGGCCCCUGUUUCUCACAAUAUUUUUUCCUUUUCAUCUGCAAUUUCAUCAGAUAUCACAGAAGUAUCAAGACCAAGAAUACUAUUUUUGAGCCAACUUGGGAAACAGGUACAGAAGGCUAACCCAGAGCCUACAGAAGGCUAAUAAAACCAUUAAUAUGAAAGUAUGAAAGAAUUCCUGAGCAAUCUUUUCAAAUUC